CUCAUAACUGACAAACUGAACUGCACCAUUACUCAUUUUUGCCUUUUCAUCUAUGCAACGCAAUCCCUACAGGUCUGCUGCUAGCAGCUCUAGCAUUGACGAGUUGGAAGAGUACGAAGAGACCAGCUUAUAUCCAGUCGACAAGACGCCGGCCGAAGCACCACUAAUAAAAGUUACAACAAAUCCCGAACGGGUCCGCAAGAGUAAAGAAAGCGAAAGCACAAGUUCUGCGUCCCCGCAAACAGCCAAGGCUCCGGCCGUUACCUCUGCCAAUCACUUGGAAGAGGUCCAAGAGGCGAUCAGCAAAACGCAGGCAAUGUUAAAAAGUGAGACGGCCGCUAUUCUCGCACAGGUGCUCAGGCUUCAAGCGCAACAGGCCAUCUCCACAUGCAAAAAUCAGGAACCAACCAUUGAGGAUGAGAGGACAAGAGGCAAAUCAAACGAUAACCGUAGACUUGUCUCUACAUCAAAUAUCGUUGACCAACCCAAUGAGCCUUGGCUGGAUGCCCGAACGGCAUUUGAGCAGCUACAGAAUAUCAUUGGACAAGAGGCAACGACUGUUCAAACUCGGCUGGCCCAGAUGCAAAUAUCGCACCUAGAAGCUAAUGCUGCUAGAAAUGAGAGUGUUGUCAGGGAAUUACAAAGAAGGGUAGACGCAACAAGGACUGAAGUAAAAUGCUUAAAGCGUAAACUGGAAGGACUAAAUGAAGAGGUUCAUGACACCAAGCGGAGAAAAUUGGAUCGAAUACGAAAGACGACGAAUGUUCUUCUACAUAUCCCCGUCUAUGCAACCUUCUUUUAUACGAUGUACAGAGCGCUAGGAGGAGAUAUGGACGUAGAUGCUAUACGGGCGCAUGUGUCAUCAUAUCUUUAACUGUUAAUAGAAGGCAAAGUAUGGGAACUAUUCAUAUCACUUCAUAUUCUGGCCACGCACGCUUUAUGCAGAUUAUAUUCUAGACAUACACACAUAUUCAUGUUGAUACAGUUUAUAUUCUGGACAAACACACUAUUCACUUUGAUAUACAA